AAGGUUAGAUUGAAUAUAGGCGGGGAUCCCUCCCGCCGCCUCGGGCAGGGCUCGUCGGCUGCAAUCGCAGGCUUAGUCAGGCGCUCGGAUUCCAAAGAUCCACUUUCUGACCUUUCCUUGCGCGGAUCCUCAACUAGGUGGUCGCAGCCGCUUUGCCAAAGUUGCGCAGGGAACUGGAGGGGUGGUGGGGGCUCGGAGAAGCAUCUCCCGGUACAACCCAAACCUUUCGGAGCCGCUUCCGGAUUAAUUGGCCGAAACGCGCGGAAAAAUCCUCUUCCAGCGUUUCCGCGGGUUCCCUCCGAGCGUGGGCAGCGGCAACUGGGAAGACAGCGUCCCGGGGCGCUGCUGCUGUUGCUGCUGCUGCUUUUUUGGCGGGGCCGGGGCGCCCUCUCUUACGUCACCUCUGCCUUAAGGCGGGUUGCGCUGAGCCAGCAGGAGGGUGGUGCUAGGCGCUGUAAGGGCAACCCGCGCCCGGGAUUAUCUUCCCCCUUCGCUUUCCUUUCCAACCAGCCGGGCCACAGCCAUGCCGGUGAGCCGCGGCUCUCGGAGCCUGGCGGGCGUGCUGCUCUUCGCCGCCCUGUUGGCCGAGGCGGGAGCGGCGGGUGGCUGCGCCGAGCUGGGACGCUGCUGCUCGGGCAGGAGCCUGGAGUGUGUGAGCGCCGGUUGGAGACCAGACGGAUCCUACGGGCUCUGCUAUUGCGACCAGGCUUGCCUUGCCACCCUGGAUUGCUGCAGCGACUACCGGCGCUUUUGCCCAGAGGCCUCCUGCCUGGUCUCUGACUGGAGUGAAUGGAGUGGGUGUGCUGAACACUGCAAGGCGACCUACCGCCUCCGAAGGAGAUCUGUGAUCCGGGAGCCCAGAAACGGUGGAGAAGCCUGCCCUGCUCUUGAAGAGAAGGCUGGCUGUUUGGAGUAUUGGACUCAGCAAGGAACAUUGUGCAAGGACUCCAUUCUCCCAGCAUUAAUAACCACCGGAGGCUAUGGGAAAGCAAGGAGAAAGCGUGCUGUGCUCAGCGGGAGAGAAAGAGUUGGGUAUUGUGUUGAGUUCCAGCUCAUGGACAUCACAAAAGGCUGCCUUCAUGGGAACAGUUCCUACACUCAUUGGAUGAAGUAUCUCAGUGAAGGACACACAGUGUGUGUGGAGUGUCAACAUCCAGCCCUCAAUCAGAAGAGUCUACACUGCUCUGGGGAUGGGAGCGGAGCUAAGAAGAACCAGCUACUGUACUGGCAGGCUGUGGGGAAUCCAAGAUGUAGAGGGACCUGGAAGAGGGUUCGUCAGCGGGAUACUUGCACUUGUCCUUCAGUUCACAGCUUCUUGUUCAUCUGACUUUCAUAUAAUCCACCAACAUUGAUUUUAUCACUGCUGUAAUCCUCAUUUACAGAAAUUCAGGGAAUAAGGUGGAACCUGCCGCGUGGACUUUUCAACAUUCUUCCAAUGUCCGAAGCCCUACCUCUCACUCCCAAUAUUUUAUGUUUCAUAAUCUCUGACAUUAAUACAAUUGAACGAGUCCAGAAAUAUUUUACAAGAAGAGUUCUCCGCUCCUCUGUAAACAACAAAAUACCUUAUACCACCAGACUUGAAAUCCUGGGAUUAGAAAAUUUAGAACUCCGCCGACUCCAACAAGACCUGUGUUUAACACACACAAUCAUCUAUUGCAAUGUCCUUCCUGUUAAAGACUACUUCAGCUUCAAUCGCAAUAAUACAAGAGCAAACAAUAGAUUCAAACUUAAUGUUAACCGCUUCAGUCUUGAUUGCAGAAAUUAUGACGUUUGUAACAGAGUUGUUAAUGCUUGGAACACACUACCUGACUCUGUGGUCUCUUCUCAAACUCCCAAAAGCUUUAACCAAAAACUUUCUACCAUUGACCUCACCCCAUUCCUAAGAGGACUAUAAGGGGCAUACAUAAGAGCACAAAAGUGCCUACCGUUCCUGUCCUAUUGUUUCCUUUCAUUAUAUAUACGCUUAUAUGUUGUAUAGUUGUUUCAUGCUUAUGCUUAUAUAUACUGUUGUUACAAAAUAAAAAAAAUAUUAAAAAAAAUAUCGAAUAGCAGGGUUUAAAGAAGAACCACUGUGAGAGAGACCCAGGAUUGUAAGGUUUUGAUCUGAAGGCAGACUCUGAUGAAUAUGGAUGGAUAAACCUCGUCAGCGCUCAAUUUGGAUCACCCUCAAGGUACAUAAAGCCGUUUCCUCUGAAAAUUAAAAUAUUUCAGGUUGUUCACAUCUUGCUCACCAAGUUCUCUUUCUGAGUUUAUCACUUCUUCCAUUUUGACAAAGCUUAUCUGCCUAAGACAGCUGCAGUGAAGCUGGAGACGGUUGAAGAGGAGCAAAAGAUCUAAUCUUCCUGUUCUAUGUCCAUCCUCAGACUUUAAUAAUCUCCUAAAUCUUGUAUCAAAGCCUGAGCUUAGGGAAUUUUGGUGACAUUUCUCAUAAUUAGUACAGGAUGGUUUCUGUAUGUGCAGAGAUAAAGCACUGAUGUGAUACUGAUCACAGAACUCAGCUUCCCCAGAAUCUCCUUCCCUUAUAUUUCAAAAAGCAAGUUUUUAGAUUUUAUGGCUGCUGCCAAGCUAUGCUUGGAACUUUUAAUGCCUGCUGUGAACAUGGAAGCUGUAGAUUCUUGGAAAUGAUUUCCAGGCAUGUAUCUUUUGGCUUCAUGGAAAGUCCCCUCUUUUAUAUUUAAAUUGCAAUAGUUGAAUAAAUGUAUAGUGUAGUUCCGGUAUCCAUAUUUUUAUGCCAUUUGCACCAACAAUAGAUUUCAGGGUUUGCACUUUUAUACAGAAUUUCAUAAUUGUUUUGCAUGUAUUCAACUGAACUAACGAUCUGAGCUAAUUCUGUAUAUAUUAAGUCAUCUGCUUCAUUUUUGUGAAACUGGAAAAUACGCUGGUUGGUUUUUCAUUCCUUGCCAUUCCCGUUCUCCUUCCUUAAGUUUCUGUACAAAACAAAAGGCCAAAGAAAUAUUGGUAUUUUGAUAGUAAUGAUUGAUGUGGCCCCUAGAAGGUUAAUGGCAGCUUUAGGGAAGCAAUUUAUAUUGGGAAAAUUGUCUACAAAAAUGACUGAUCUGUAGAUGCACUUCUUCUUCACAGUUUCUUCCACUGGGAAGCCCAAUCAUGCAUAUAGAAUAGAAUAGAAUAGAAUAGAAUAGAAUAGAAUAGAAUAGAAUAGAAUAGAAUAGAAUAGAAUAGAAUUUUUUAUUGGCCAAGUGUGAUUGGACACACAAGGAAUUUGUCUUGGUGCAUAUGCUCUCAGAGUACAUAAAAGAAAAGAUAUGUUCAUCAAGAAUUCUAAGGUACAACACUUAAUGAUAGUCAUAGGGUACAAAUAAGCCAUCAGGAAACAAUCAAUAUCAAUAUAAAUUGUAAGGAUACAAGCAACAAAAUUACAGUCAUACAGUCAUAAGUGGAAGGAGAUGGGUGAUGGGAAGGAUGAGAAAAUUAAUAGUAGUGCAGACUUAAUAACUAGUUUGACAGUGUCGAGGGAAUUAUUUGUUAAGCAGAGUGAUGGCAUUCGGGAAGAAACUGUUCUUGUGUCUAGUUGUUCUGGUGUGCAGUGCUCUGUAGCGUCGUUUUGAGGAUAGGAGUUGAAACAGUUUAUGUCCAAGAUGCGAGGGGUCUGUAAAUAUUUUCACAGUCCUGUUUUUGACUCGUGCAGUAUACAGGUCCUCAAUAGAAUUAGGUUGGUAGCAAUUGUUUUUCUGCAGUUCUAAUUAUCCUCUGAAGUCUGUGUCUUAUAUAUUCUUGCUUAAUGGAUCCUUGUUUUUUGUAUUUCUACUCCUCCCUGUGUCUUCCCUUGAUUUUGAUGAAUAAGAAAACAAGGCAUCUUUUGAUUUGUCUGAUCAAGGUAGAAUUCAGAUGUCUCUGGACUAGCUUGGCUUUUCGCUCAUUGGCAUGUGGGGAUGCUCUAGGGUAGGGAUGAGGGAAUUAUCUGCAAAUAAGUUGGACAAUAUAUUGAGAUCUUUUUGGUUCUUUGUAAAAGGGGCUUAAGUUCCUCUUAUGAAAAUGAGUUCCUUGGUGUCCUCAAACCAUGGCUGCAGUAUCUCUUGAAGGGCUCCAAGACAAAGCAACCUCCCUGAAAGAAGUUUCCAUUCCUGUUCAAAAUUAUAACAGUAUCAGACUAAAGAGUUUAAGAAACUUGAAACUUGAUUUUUUUUAAUGAAAUGCUUUAUAGACAACUGUAUGUGCUCUGUUCGUAAUAGUUGAGUGGGAUUAUUCAGUUAAAUAGCAAUAGCAAUAGCACUUAGACUUAUAUACUGCUUUACAGUGCUUUAUAGCAAGGGUCACCAACCUUUCAGUCCUCAGGGACCACUAAAUUCAUAAUUUGAAAUCCUGCGGACCAUUAAUGUGAUUUUUUUAGAAAGAUAUUUAGUAUUUAGUGCAAUAUAAAAAUGCAAAUAAUUUUUCUAUGGACCACCAAAAUUUUCUCGUGGACCACCAGUGGUCCACGGACCACUGAUUGGUGACCACUACUUUACAGCCUUCUCUUAGUGGGUUACAAAGUCAGCAUAUUGCCCCCAACAAUCUGGGUCCUCAUUUUACCCACCUCAGAAGGAUGAAAAGCUGAGUCAACCUUGACCCUGGUGAGAAUUCAACUGCCAAAUUGCCGGCAAUCAGCAGAAGUAUCCUGCAGUACUGUAUUCUAACCAUUGUACCACCAUUGCUCAUAACGUAAAUUAUGGCUAGGGCUCCUAUAAUUAAAUGAUGAUGAUGAUUACAUUGUAGGCUUUUUGUUGAAUAGAGACUUCUUGCCACUUUUCUCCAGUUAAAAUUGUUUCCUGUAUAUAUUCUGUGGCACCAUGGUGGUGCUGUGGUUAGAAUGCAGUACUGCAAACUGACUCUGUCCAGUGUCAAGAGUUCGAUCCUAACUGGCUCAAGAUUGACGCAGCCUUCCAUCCUUCCAAGAUCAGUAAAAUGAAGACCCAGAUUGUUGGGGGUGAUAUGGUGACUUUGUAAACUGCUUAGAGAGUGCUGUAAAUCACUAUGAAGUAGUAUGUAAGUGUAAGUGCUAUUGCUGUACUCUAUACUAUGCCUUCCAAAUUCAACCGGAUAAUUUGUUCAGAAGGACAUUGUGGUUGAUUAUAUUGAAAGUGCCUGGGAAGUGCAGGAAAUGUAGCAGAGUCGCAUGAUUUAUUCUACAUAAAUAAUUUUUCAGAGUGAUCGAAGCUGCUUCCAUCUGCCAAAUGCAAGCCAGAUACAAAUAUAUCUAAACGAUCAGAACCUUCAAUACUGCUUAAAAGUGGAAGCCACUAUAUGUUUCAGUAAUUUACUCCUCAAUGGAAAAUUAGAAUCCAAACAGGGAUUGCUAAAAUAGUUGAAUAUAAAUUUGGUUUCUUGAUUAAAUUAUGAUCACUGACUGGUUCUUGCAUGUGUCUUCUAUAAGGAAGACACACAUAUAUAUUUUCAAAGCCAGCGUUGGCAGAUUUGAGAAGCCAGGGUGGACAAGGACAAGAGAUGAAAUGAAUCUCCAAAGCUUUUGUGUACUUUAACUGUAGAAGCUGAUGGGUAACCAUAGCAACAUUAGCAAGAUUGUAGUGUAGUUUCUUUCAUUUUAGAUUCUAUCCAAACUUAAUGCUUCCAAGUAUGUGAUUAUUGGGAAAAUGCACAAUAAACUUCACAUUGUGCAGACCAUCAUCCCUUCAUUCCAAUCAGAACCAUCAUCCCUUCAUUCCAAUCAGAACCUAAGUGAAGGCUUUUCAGUCUCUUGGGAAAAUCCCCAAGAGACUGCAAAGAAGUAUUAGAAUAGAAUAGAAUAGAAUUUUUUUUUGGCCAAGUGUGAUUGGACACACAAGGAAUUUGUCUUGGUGCAUAUGCUCUCAGUGUACAUAAAAGAAAAGAAUCUACCAUUCUCAGAAGUCAGUCUUUCUGUUCUCCAUCCCAGAGAUUUUAAGUAGCCACAAUUUCCAAUUUGACCAAGUAGGCAGUAUCCAAUUAAUAUAGUUGAUGCUUAAUUUUAAUUAUAUAUAUAUAUAUAUAUAUAUAUAUAUUCUUCAAGAUAUGCUGUUUUAUCUAUGACAUUUGUUUGUGUAUACUGUUGUGACAAAAAGAAAUAA